AGCGUACCUAGUGCAAGACAAACACAUUAAUCCAAGGUAUCUUCCGUCAUCGAGUAAUUAAAUAAACUUACCAAAGAAUAAAUUAGUUGUUGAAGGAUAUCGACAUAAUGUGUGUCUCUACAAACUAGGGUUUAGAGUUGUAAUAGGAAAGUACCUUAGGUAUACUAAUUGUAUUCCGAUUCUGUUACCUUUUGUGUACUCUGUAAACUCCCUAUAUAAAGGGCUCCUAUUAUCAAUAAUAAACACAAUUCUAUUCUCCUACAACACGUUAUCAGCAUGAGUUCUAACCCUAGCUUCAGAAAAAAAAACCCUAGAAGAAAAAUCUUUUUCUUCUCUGCCGCCAACCCAAAACAGAAAAAAAACAAAACAAAACAAAAAAAAAAAAAACUCCAUACCGGCCGUCCACCACCAGCCCAGCCUCAGCCCACCUCGCCGAAGCCUCCAGCCGCACCGCCUCCGUGCGCAGCAGCAGCCCAGCUCGCCUGCACCCACCGCAUCAACAUCAGCAUCAGCAGCGGCACCACCGGCGAACUGCAGCAGCAGAAGCGCCUCCGAUUUGCAGAAGCCGCAAGCCGCAAGCCUGCAGCAUCCGACCCGAGCUCGACCUGCCUGCAACAGCCCAGCCCGGCCGGCGACGCCAACACCUCCGUCCCCCGCGCACCAGCCCACCUGCCUUUGCGUCCCUGCAGCAGCCCAAGCCUCCGAUCAGCCUGCCUCCGACCUGCAGCAGCCCAAGCCUCCGAUCAGCCUGUCUCCGACCUGCAGCAGCAUAGCCCGCGCACCAGCCCCUGCACACCGGCGAACUGCAGACGAACCAGAGGAAGAAAUAGUCGCGAAAAAGAAGGGGGAGGAAGACCGAAAAAAAAAGGGAAAGAAAGAAAAAAAAAAGAAAAGGAGAAGGGACCAGGCCGAAAAAAAAAAGGGGAAAAGAAAAAAAAAGAAAAAAAGGGGAAGAGAGGGGACCCGGCCGGCCAGAGAAAAAAAAAAGAGGAAAGCCCAGAAAAAAAAAAACACGCCUGCUCCAACACGCGCGUGUCCUCAAGCAAAAUCACGAUGUCGAAUGAACCUAGACUCGACUUUCCCAUGCUUGACUCAACAGGCUCGGAUUACCACAGUUGGGUAACCGAUGUUGAGAAUCAUCUCACUUCCAAGGGAAUAUUACCCAUAAUCCAGGCACCUAACCCGGAUAUUGAGUUCAACCGAACAUCUACAAAGCAUGCUCAAGCAGUUAUCUUGAUGCGACGCCAUAUGGAUAAGGCACUCAGAUUGGAGUAUAUGUCGAUCAAGAAUGCAAGAGAGCUAUGGGUAGCGCUAGAAGAGCGCUUUGACAAUGUCCAAGAUUCCCUCCUCCCUGACUUGAAGGUUCAAUGGAACAAUCUGUGCUUUGCUGACUUCAAGUCUGUUGCUGAAUAUAAUUCAGAAGCUCUUCGCAUACAGUCCAUGUUGAGGUUUUGUGGACAACCUGUCACAGAGCAAGAGCUAAUUGAGAAAACUCUCUCCACCUUCCCUGUUUCAGCCAUUGUGGUAUCAAAGCAAUACCGUACUGAAGUCAAUGCUGGACGGAUCACGAGGUUUCAUCAGCUUAUCAAUAUUAUAUCUGUAGCUGAGAAACAUGAUAACAUACUCGUGAGGAAUUAUAAUUCAAGGCCCAUUGGAACUAAGAGCGUUCAUGAGGCGAAUUAUAAUGCACCCAAAGGAGGGCGCAAGGAGCGGUACCCUAAGAAUGGGGGACAUGAGGGACGUAUGGGCCCAUAUAACCGCCCUAACCAGGAAGGAAACCGCAAGUUUGGUGCGGAUACACGUGGUGGUAAUGCCACACGUGGGAGAGGGGGCCGUGGUAUCCCUAGCCGUAAUGGUGGCUCAAUGGGUCGUGGUGGUGGCACCAACCCUCCUAGGGAACGCCCGCAACGUGCACAACGUGCACCUCAAUUAAAGGGAGGCAGCCGCAAUGAUGAGUGUCAUCGAUGUGGAUCAAUUGAGCAUUGGUUCAAGCAAUGCAAGGCAAGUGAGGAACUAGCUGCAAGCUACAGGGCAUAUAGAGACAUGAGAGAGCAAGAAGUGUACCUUGCAGAAGAAGAAGAAGAUGGUGGAGAUGUCAAUCUCACCAUAGAGGACUUCAAAGCUGAAGAUGAAAUGCACAUGGAUGCAACAGACUUUGAUUAGAUUAGUCCUUUUUUUAUUUUUCCAAGAACUUUUGUAAUGGCAAUUUGCCUUAGUCAAUAAAUGACAAUUGUCUUAAACUCUUUCUUAUGUGGCAGACCCAAUAAAAUGUGAUGUCUAGGAAAGUCAUUGAGAUUAUUGGUACUUAAGAGAGCCUCGCUCCACCAACAUCUCUCUCUACUUUCCUGGUCAUAUUUGAUUGGAGUUACCAAAUGGAUAGAGUGACUACAAUGUGUCUUACUUUGAUUUUAUUUUGGAUUAGACUUUGGAAACUUUGAUGUAAUCAUUGGCUAUUAAUAAAGUGUCAAUUCUUUUA